UGGGGGUGGGGGAAGGGAAAGCACAGUCAGCAUUUAAUUUUUGUUUUUGCUGUGACCUAUCAGCUAGAAUACAGAUUCAGUAACAAGUGGAACUCUAAGCUUGGGCCAUUUGUCUGUAGCUUUGUUCCAAAUGUUGAAAUUGCUUUAGCUCAGACUGACUUUAUUUGGACUCACUACAUGGAAUUAUAACAAAAACAUGCAAUUUGGAAAGCAAAGGCUAGAUCUUUUGUAAAACAGGUUGCUUCGAGUUCAGAAUUCUGGCACAUGUCAUUAUUCUCUUUGCACAAAGGAGAAACAUAAUAUAGAAGAUGACCGUCACUUACUCCAGUAAAGUAGCCAAUGCCACUUUCUUUGGAUUUCACAGACUACUGCUGCGCUGGAGAGGCAGCAUUUACAAACUAUUGUACAGAGAGUUCAUUGUUUUUGCUGGACUUUACACGGCCUUGAGUCUAAUCUACAGAUUUUUUAUUUCAGAAUCUCAAAAGCGAUACUUUGAAAAAUUGUCACUUUACUGUGACCACUAUGCUGAACAAAUCCCAGUCACAUUUGUUCUUGGGUUUUAUGUAACAUUAGUGGUGAAUCGAUGGUGGAACCAGUUUGUGAACUUACCAUGGCCAGACAGACUUAUGUUCUUAAUCUCCAGCAGUGUUGAGGGAAGAGAUGAAUAUGGACGCUUACUUCGUAGGACUCUAAUACGUUAUGUGAACCUAACAAGUUUGCUAAUCUUUCGAUCAGUUAGUACUGCAGUAGUAAAACGAUUUCCAACCAUUGAUCAUGUGGUGGAGGCAGGUUUUAUGACACCAGAGGAACGGAAUAUUUUUGAAAAUCUUAAAUCUCCUCAUCUCAAAUACUGGGUCCCAUUAGUCUGGUUUGCAAAUUUGGCAUCUAAAGCUAGAAAGGAGGGCAGAAUCCGGGACAGUGUGGACCUUCAGACAAUCAUGAAUGAAAUGAAUACAUUUCGGUCUUGGUGUUCUACAUUGUUUGGUUAUGACUGGGUUGGCAUUCCAUUAGUAUACACACAGGUGGUCACGCUGGCAGUUUACACCUUCUUUUUUGCAUGCCUGAUUGGAAGACAGUUUUUAGAUCCCAGUCAGGGAUAUAGUGGCCAUGAUCUAGACCUUUAUGUUCCAGUGUUUACACUCCUGCAGUUUUUUUUCUAUGCAGGUUGGUUGAAGGUUGCAGAACAACUUAUCAAUCCAUUUGGCGAAGAUGAUGAUGACUUUGAACCUAACUGGUGUAUUGACAGAAAUCUACAGGUUUCACUUCUGGCUGUAGAUGAAAUGCACAUGAACUUGCCAAAAAUGAAGAAGGAUAUCUACUGGAAUGAUCUAGACAUUCGUCCACCUUACACAUUAGCAGCUGCUGAUUACUGCAUUCCAUCUUUCCUUGGUUCAACUAUUGACAUGGGGCUGUCCGAUUCUGUGUUUUUACGAUAUGAAGGCCAAGAUGCCUCCCUAGAUGACUGGAAGCAUAGACAUCAGAACUCUGUCCUCAGAAGGGUAAGGCGUAUGCUAAGUGUACAAGAACACUCUGAAAACCCAAACAGGACAGUGUUCAGAAGAGGCGAGAGUGAGUAUUCUCAUAGAUUUGUGCCGUCAAAUGCUUCCAGACAUGCAUACGGCCUUGAUGACCAACACUUCAGAGUUGGAAGAUGUGCCUCAGAUUCUAAAAGUCAUGCUCCUCUUAAUAAUUAUUUAAAGUUACCCAGUGACCAUGAUGCUUUACCAACAGUCACAGAAGUGAGUGCAUAUGAAACUUCCAACAGCCUCCAGUCAUCUUUCUCUGAAUCUAAGGGUACUCCCAGUUCAAACAUACAGACUCCAGAAGUUGUUAUAACACCAUGUGAAGAAUCAGUAUUUUUGCUGCCUACACCAGAAUUUAAACUCACAAAUGAGUCAAACUUGUUAAGCCAUUUGCAGGAUAAACAAACUGAACAAAGCAAGACCAUUCUCAGAACUGAUUUAGAAAAGGGAGCAAUUCUUAUCACAGCAGAUCCUGAGACCCAUAACAUUCAAAAACCUACGUGCCAUUAUGCUCCUGUACCACAUACAAAAGUAGGCAGUGUUGGAGAAGAACAUACAGACACUGCUCAGCCAUAUACAAAUAUCUGUGUGGGCAGCAAUGAACACUCUUAUGAACGUUCUCCAGUAAAUUCAGCUAGCCAGAGUAAAGCAUCAGUGAGAGAAUGUAAAGAAUCUGCUGAUAGCCAAAGAACGACAAACGAUACAAGAAAACCAUGUGAAGAGAACAGCUCUGACACUGUCAAUAACACGCAAUCAGCAACAACACAUGACAGAAAUAGCAUUCAGAAUGCAGGCUUUGACCUUCAGCUGUUUGAGUACAUAGAUGCCAGAGAAACAGAAAUAACAGAAAGCACAGAUGAGCAAAGCACAGGGAAUGCUUAAAUCCUUCUAAUAGUCAGUCUGAAAUCACAUACAUAUCAUUUAUAAAUAUGUUUUAACCACCUUUUUUACAACUGUUCUCUUGUUUCUGCUAUGCAGAAGCAGUGAGAGUACACACUAAAAGUAUGAAAAGUAUGAAUAGAAGUACGGGAAAUGGAAAAGAUAUAGAUAUAAUUGUCCUAUUACCUGUGCCAUUCACCUGCUUGAUUUUGCAGUGGUGCUCUUAUUCCUACAGCUUUAACAAUAUUGUCACUAAAUACUUUCUAUGAACUGUACAUCCCUUGCUUUCUGAACAUGUCAUCACAGGUGUCACACUGCAUGUGCUGACAGUUCUUUUCAACCGAUCCCCAUGUUCCUUGUCACUAGCAGUAGCAGCUCUUAAAAGUCCAGCACCACGUGAAACUCACAAUUGCAUGAAAUGGCUCCCCUGUUUGGCUCAUUAAUCAAAUUUAGAAAGGUAAGAAGAUAUAGCAAAUCCAAGUUCUCAGCUUCUCAGCAAGAGUGAAGAAAGUAGAUACCUUAUAGCAAUGUCAGCUGCCUCCUGGGGACCACAGUUUUUGCAUUUUGCACUCCGCAACAUUGAAGGAGUGCAGACAGCAUGAUGUUGUAAUAGACAGGUUUGACUCUAAUAGUGUUCAAUGCACAGAUGAUGUUCUAAGAACUCCUGUUGUGUUUUGUAUAUUUUCCGGUUUAGAGGUCACUUAAAUAUUAAGGGUCUGCUCAAAGUAAAGAAUGAGAUAAGUCUAUAAGUAAAUGUUUUCUCAACCCACACAAGUUAAGCAGUAUGAGGCACAAGGCUAGACACCCUUUUCUUUAUUCAUUGUCACUGAGAACACUUAACAUCAAGUUUCUUCUUUUCAAACUGCAAGUGAAAUUUAAUUAGACUAUUGUAAUCUAGAUUAUAUGCAUUGGAACUAAACUGAGCAGCAAUGCUCCAGACUCUUAUAGAUGUAUGCUUCAUCUGCACAUUUCACUUACUGUUUUGACGUGUUUCUUUGAAAUGAAGCAUCCUUUCUUAUGUGACCACUGACUGUCCUGGACCAAAAAUAAAUUACUUUCUUUCUCCGAUACACUUGUUUUGUUGC